AUGUACGGCUGCGCGGCUCCUGCCCUGCGGCUGCGGAGGCUGCAGCCCGCACUACCCCGGCUCCAGCGAUCAGCCAGAUCUACUCUGGCGAGCCGGCGCCAUACCGCUUACACUGCCGCACAACUGGCGCGGGCGCCUGUUGCUGCCCCCCAGUUCCAACACCACGCCCGACGCCUCAUUUCAGGAGGCUCGCCUGCGCCACAGCCCGGCCAGCCCGAUCCCACCGAAGCUGGUCCUGAUGACAGCGACCGGCAGAAGAAGUCGCAUUCCGGCCAGGCUCACGGCGCCAAUGACUACCGUGAGACGGCCUUCAAGAUGUUCGAGAGUGCCAUGACUACCUUCGCUUCCGUCGCCGUCCUUGGGUUCGUAGGCUACAGCUACACCAGGUAUUACAAGCACAUGGUCCUGGCAAAAAUGGACAACGCUUUCAACCCGGGUGACCCUGUCCUGGACCUUGCUCGUGGCAGGCCCCCUCGCCGCGAGGAGGCAGAGGAUGGUUCCUGGAUUGUCCGUGAAGAACAGGCCAAGUUUGACUCCAUCAUGCGUGGAGAGGACAAGGGCCGAUACCACCUGCUCAUCGGCGAGAAAGGCACUGGCAAAACUUCCAUGCUAAUCGAAGCCAUGUCAAAGAUCGACGGAGAUGGUGUCGCCAUGUUCGAAGCCCACGCGGACCCAGAAAUAUUCCGGAUCCGCCUUGGCAAGGCAUUGGACUUUGAGUUUCACGAAGACAACAUCGGCUCCCUGUUUUCCAUCCGAGGCCCUAGGGAUGCUUCAGCGCUGCUUGAUGUCGAGAGAGCCUUCAACAAGCUUGAGAAGGUUGCAAUCAGACGCAGAGACAAGCUUGGACGCCCACUCAUCCUUGUCAUCAACAGCGUCCAUCUCAUCCGGGACGACGACGAGGGAAAAGACCUUCUCGAGCUCCUGCAGCAGCGCGCCGAACAAUGGGCCGCUGCCAGCCUCGUCACUGUCAUUCUAAACAGCGAUGAUUACUGGGUCUAUGAGCGCCUCAAGCAGUACGCGACUAGGAUGGAAGUUACCCCUGUCAGAGAUCUGGACAAGCAGAAGGCGCUUUCUGCAUUGAAGCACUACCGGUGGAAAUGGCACGGGGAAACGCCCAACGAUCAGCUCUUGGAGACCAUUUACGACAAGAUUGGUGGCCGGCUUUCGUUUCUUAGCCGCGUCGCCAAGUCCAGAGACAUGAUCAGUCUUUGUGAUAAGAUUUGUGAAGCAGAAAAGACGUGGUUCCUCAACCAGUGCUGGGUUCUCGGUAUGGAAAUGGAUGACGACGUCAUGGACCAGCAGAAGUACGCUUCGGCGGCUAUGGUUCUAGCGAAAGCGCUGGUUGACCAAGAAAGGGAAAUGGACGAGACCUACGACCCUGAAAAGGGACACAUUCUUCCGCAGAUUCCUCUUCACAAGGCAAGGGAAAUCAUGACGCGUGCCGAUUUCAUUCAGAGCUAUGAUCACAUCAACGUCUUCACAAUUGACUCAAAGGCCAUGGUCAGAGCCGAUUCGGUUCCGAUGCAAAGAGCUUUCCGCGAGAUCUGCAGUCAACCCGGCUUCGACAAAUUCCUCGAAAAGACGUUGGAGCGCAUUGGCGACAUUGAGAGCUUGGGCAGAACCAGAGAGCUUACCAUCAAGGACCUCUGGGAGGGCGGCAAGUACAAGGUCACGACGCGCAAUGCCAAAGGAUACGUCGAGAAAGAGACGACGUUCGAGACUCUGCCUGGUCUGAAGGAUGUCGAUGAUGACGAUGACAACUGA